AUGCCAUUUUUUUGCGGCUUCUUUGGAGGGGGUGCUCGCUUUGGAGGAGGGGGUGAAGGAGGAGAUGGUGGAGGAGGGGGUGAAGGAGGAGGAGAUGGUGGGGGCGGCGGGGAAGGGGGAGGAGAUGGCGGAGGUGGUGAGGGUGGAGGGGAAGGGGGAGGCGAAGGAGGUGGAGGAGGGCUAGGAGGUGGUGGAGGUGAUGGGGGUCUAGGCGGUGGUGGGGGUGGUGAGUAUGGGAUGGUUGUACUUAAUGCCAGCUGCUUCAGAGCCAAAAGGGGCAAACCUGCCAGAUGA